AUGGCCUCUGAAUCGACAAAAUAUAGAGGUUACUGUCAUUGUGGGGGAUUUCGCUUCGAACUAACCGUCCCUGAAAUCAAGUCGGCCACCGCAUGCGAUUGUCGUCUUUGCAAGAAGAAGGGAUAUAUCUGGACUGUGCCGCCCAAAGGGAGUUACAAGGUAGUGCGAGACGAUGGCCACUUGCAGACGUACGAGUCCGCUUCCUUGAGGCACCAGUUCUGCGGCAGGUGCUCUACUGGUAUUUCGGGCGAACAUGUCGCUGGGCCGACAAAGGGUCAGAUGGCAAUAAACCUACUUGCUGUCCGUGAAGUCAACCCAUUUCAACUAGAGCAAGACACGACCGUCACACACGUAGAUGAGCCCGAGCACGCUCUCGAACCACGGCAGGAUUCCCCCCCGGAGCGCAAAACACACCAUCUCUUCUCCUGCCACUGCGGCCGAGUCCAAGCCCAACUACUCACCCCGGUAUCCGAACAACAAGUAAAGCAGGAUAACUGCAGUUCCUGCAUCAGGAAAGCCUACAUCGGCGUAUACCCUAAUAAAGACCAAGUUCGCAUCCACGGGAAAGAAUACACCAAAGCAUACAUGUACGGUAAAAAGUACGGGGCAGACCAUUUCUGCGCGACUUGCGGCGUGUUUGUGUUUGCGACCGUCAUUGGACCACCACUGAGUGUAUUCGACAACGUGCCGCCCGAGAGAAAGGAAUUCGUCAUGUCGGUGUAUCGCAAGAACAUCAACCUGUUGCCAUUGAAUAUGCGCUGUGUGGAGGGACUGGACAUUGCCUCUCUCAAUAUCGACAAGACCGACUACGGUGCAGAGGACUACGAGCUGCCCGAUGAAGGUGAUGUAACUGGCUGA